UUGGCGUUUGUUGAGGUUUGUUGGCCUUAAAGCAAGACUGAUGUGCUUUCUUGCCAAACAUUGACAUUUGAAGUGAGCCUACAUAUUAUUAUGUCUGAAGUGAACUUGAUAUAUGCCGCCUCUGGAUGACGUUACGCCUCACCUAUGUGUUACUUUCUCAGUUCAAUCUCACGUUCAAGUGAUGCAUGUAUCACUUUCCACCCACAGCUAUUUUGUUGCCCUACAUAGCUAACGGGGGGUGUUAGCGGUGGGAGUCCGUGAUGCUGCUUCCUGUCUCCAUUGCACAUCAGAAUUUCCCUUCUGCCCACCCACUUUCAUUUUGUAGUGUAUGAUGGGUUGUUCUAGUUCAGUGUGCUUCAGUCGUGUGCUAGUGUUGUGAGCUCGCGUGUCGAUGCAGCUGCUUUCACUAGUUCUCCUGAACUGAAGUGAGAACUGGAUGGUCAAGAGGUAAACUGGCAAAGAAACAAGUAUUUUGUAGACAUCCCACCACAGCGCACUUAUGAAGGUGUUGAGUGGCCACGUUGUGACAAAAUCACAGGCUGAGGACAGCAUGGACCUAUUCAUCAUCGCAGCCCCAGCUGUUCAUGUGAAUUCGGGACCCUCCCCGUUUCAGCAGGCAUCUGAGAGCAACUUGAUCAACUCCUCCCACGCUGAAAAUAUCAACAGAAGGCGUUGGAGGAGGCUUUUCCGGCGAGUGCAGAGGAAAAACAUGGAUUCUGAUUGUGCUCCUCCACCACAAAAAAAGAUGCUCUUUGGACGAGCUCUGUCAGACAUUUGUGAAAAAGAUGACAGUCCUCCCAGACCCAUCAUGGACAUUCUCUCAGUGUUGUGGAGAAAGGGACCACACACCAUUGGACUGUUCAGGAAAGCUGGCAAUGCCAAGCGUCUGAAAGAGAUCAAGGAGCAGCUCAACAGCGGAGCAGAAGUGGAUCUGAAAGAUGAGCCUGUGAUUUUACUCGCUGAUCUCCUCAAGGACUUCCUGAGGCACCUGCCUGACAGUUUACUGAUAGUGGAGCAGUACAAGGCCUGGAUGGCAGCAAUGGAAAGACAAGAUGUACAUGACAGAUGUACUGAGCUCCGAAUGGUGAUUAAUAAGCUUCCAGAGCCCAAUAUUCAACUCCUGAAACACUUGAUUGCUGUGCUGUACCGCAUAAGUCUCAAGGCUGAAAUAAACAAGAUGGAUUCCAGCAAUUUAGCUGUCUGUGUUUCACCCAACUUGCUCCAAGCUGACAGGGUGGAAGUGGUGAAAAACGUGUCGAACCUGACUCAGUUCCUCAUUGACAACUGCGGUGAAAUAUUCAGUGAGGAUAUACUGACACUUCUUGGGGACUCGGAUGAGGAAGAGCUCAGUGAUAACCAAGAUUCAAUGUCCUCGCUCCAUCAUGAUUCUGCCUAUGACAGCAAUGACCCUGAUGGGAGCUUCACAGACAUGCAUGCCAUCCAUUCUGAUGCUGAAGAGAAAACUCUGAAUCACUUUGAAGCCUCCUCCUGCCCUGUAGGGAGAAACACUCCUAAACCUUUCAUUCGCAGGUGCUCUGAGCCAACGUUUGGCUUCAACAAGAGUGCUCGAAACCAGAGCGCCUUAACAAGGAGUCAAACAGAGAUGGACUUUUACGACCAUCAUUUGACAAAACAAAUAUCGGAUGAGUGUGUUUUGUUUAGGACGGGCAGCAGGGUGUCGAAUGAGCAGAGGAACACCUGUGUUUUGCCUUCUGGUGAACAUCAUCUCCAGAAUAAAGAAUCUAAAGACUCUUGCUCUUCCUUGGAGAGCACCUUCUCCAGUGCCUCAGAGAACUCCAUCCAGACCAGCUCUCCUAUCAUCUCCUCAUCCACCCAGCGACGUGCCCUCCUGCGCAAACAGUCCUUCCCCACACGUCUAGCGGCGCAUGGAAGUGAGGCCACCAAAAAACGCUCCCAAUCAAUGAAGGCCUCAAGCUCUCGGAACAAGACAAGCUUUUCCCAAGGUGCCAGCAAACGAGUUGAGAAAGCUUUACGCCAGAGCCAGACUCUGCCUGAGGUGCUUCUUCUUGACAGGACUUUUCUCACACCACAAAAGCCCUGCUGUUUGUCGAGCGAGGAAGUGUUUCAUCAGGUGGACAGCAGGAUUCCAAGUAAGCCUCCGUCCUAUGAGCAGGCCAUUCAGGACAACGCCCACAUGCCACUUUCACAUCGUAGCUCAUUGACUGUUGAGGCUGCCAGGUGUCUGUCAAAGAACACAUGCUGUCAGUCCACAUUCCCAACUGCGGAAACAUCAGAUUCCUGCUCAGUAAAAGACUGUAGCGAAGGUGGAGAGAAGAGUCCGACUUUGACUGCACCUGCAACUUCAGCACAGUCAGGACAGGGGUCCAUUUCUGUGGCUAUGUAUGAAGCAUGUAGCACCACACUGUCACAAUGUCGUGGUCAGCAAAUGCUGGGCACUGUGAAUGUGAGAGAGUCGUAUGUGUGACUUAUGUUAAGUUCUUUGCAUCUAUGAUCUGUGGUUUUGCUACAGAUGUGUCAUAUUUCGUCAAACUGCUUUGUGUAAUAAAGCAGGCAUUAGAGCAACUUUGGCUUCUACACCCUUAAAAAGUGGUUCUUCAGUGGUUCUUUAAUGAA